ACAUUGAAUUCAAAACGCGAGAGAGUGGAACAAACAUUCAAAUCAAGAGAGAGAGAAGGAGAGGAGAGAGAGGGGGCUUCUUCGUUUACGUUUAACUUUUUUUCUCCCGGAACCUCUCGAUUCUCUGAAUCUCAAAGUCUCCCAAUCUCUCGCGCCUCGAUCCACGCAGAUCUCCGAUUUCUGCUAUUGUUUUUUUUUUUUUUUGUUUGUCUUCGUUGAAUUUUCAACCUAGGGUUUUGAUUUUGUCUGUUCCGGUUGUUGCUUCGAUCUCCUCGAUCUCGGUUUCGAAUUCACCCAGGGUUUGAUCGAUUGUUGGAUUGUUUGAUUGUUUGGUUGAUCUCAUGGAGGCGAUCGACGAGCUCGUGCAGCUGUCAGAGUCUAUGCGCCAGGCCGCGGCGCUGCUGGCGGAUGAAGAUGUGGACGAGAAUUCGAGUUCCAGUUCUUCUCGCAGGGGUUCGACUUUUCUUAACGUUGUUGCUCUUGGAAAUGUCGGUGCUGGUAAAUCUGCAGUUUUGAACAGUUUGAUUGGACAUCCUGUUUUGCCUACUGGAGAAAAUGGUGCUACUCGGGCUCCAAUAUGUAUUGAUUUACAAAAGGAUGGUUCCUUAAGCAGCAAGUCGAUCAUCUUACAAAUUGACAACAAAUCUCAACAAGUUUCUGCAAGUGCUCUUCGACAUUCUCUCCAGGACAGGCUGAGUAAGGGUGCCUCAGGCAAGAGCCGAGAUGAAAUAUAUUUGAAGCUACGGACAAGUACAGCACCUCCUCUGAAACUGGUUGAUUUGCCUGGAUUGGAUCAACGGAUUAUGGAUGAGACAUUGGUGAGUGACUAUGCUCAGCACAAUGAUGCCAUUUUGCUGGUUAUUGUACCUGCUGCCCAGGCACCCGAAAUUGCUUCAUCUCGAGCUCUCAAAAUUGCCAAGGAAUAUGAUGGAGAUGGUACAAGAACAAUCGGUGUAAUUAGUAAAAUAGAUCAAGCUGCAUCAGACCAGAAAAUCCUUGCUGCUGUUCAGGCUCUCCUGUUAAAUCAGGGUCCUAGAAGUACAUCUGAAAUGCCAUGGGUUGCUUUAAUUGGGCAAUCUGUUUCAAUUGCCUCUGCACAGUCUGGAUCUGUUGGUUCUGAGAACUCUUUAGAAACUGCUUGGAGGGCUGAGAGUGAGAGUCUUAAAUCCAUACUGACUGGAGCCCCUCAAAGUAAGCUUGGCAGAAUAGCUUUAGUGGAUGCCCUGGCUCAGCAAAUACGCAGUCGUAUGAAAGUCCGACUUCCAAACCUCCUUUCUGGGUUACAAGGAAAGUCCCAAAUAGUUGGGGAUGAGUUAGCAAGGCUUGGUGAACAAAUGGUCCAUAGUUCUGAAGGCACUAGGGCUAUAGCUUUGGAACUUUGCCGUGAAUUUGAGGAUAAGUUCCUCCUGCACAUUGCAGGGGGUGAGGGUGCUGGUUGGAAGGUUGUAGCCAGUUUUGAGGGGAAUUUUCCUAACAGGAUCAAGCAGCUCCCUUUAGACAGGCAUUUUGACAUCAACAAUGUCAAAAGGAUUGUGUUAGAAGCUGAUGGUUAUCAACCAUAUCUUAUAUCUCCUGAGAAAGGUUUGAGAUCGUUAAUAAAAGGUGUCUUGGAGCUUGCAAAAGAGCCAUCACGGCUUUGUGUUGAUGAGGUGCACCGUGUCCUGGUAGAUGUAGUUUCUGCUGCUGCAAAUGCUACGCCAGGUCUGGGGAGAUAUCCUCCUUUCAAGAGAGAGGUCGUGGCAAUUGCAACUGCUGCACUAGAUGUGUUCAAGAAUGAAGCUAAGAAAAUGGUGGUUGCCCUAGUGGAUAUGGAGCGAGCUUUUGUGCCCCCUCAACACUUCAUUCGUUUGGUGCAAAGAAGGAUGGAGAGACAGCGACGGGAAGAAGAGCUGAAGAACCGAUCCUCAAAAAAAGGACAUGAGGCAGAGCAAUCGAUUUUGAAUAGGGCAACUAGUCCUCAAACUGGUGGUCAGCAAUCCGGAGGAAGUUUGAAAUCAAUGAAGGAUAAAUCUGGUCAGUCAGAAAAAGAAACACAAGAGGGCUCAGCUUUGAAGAUAGCUGGUCCUGGUGGUGAGAUCACAGCAGGCUUUCUAUUGAAGAAAAGUGAAAAAACUAAUGGAUGGAGCAGGCGAUGGUUUGUUUUAAAUGAAAAGACUGGCAAGCUUGGUUACACCAAAAAGCAAGAGGAAAGGCAUUUCCGUGGUGUCAUCACUUUAGAGGAAUGUAACGUAGAAGAGGUUUCAGAUGAGGAAGAACCUCCCCGAAAAAGUUCAAAGGAUAAGAAGGCCAAUGGGCCUGAUUCAGGAAAGAACACCAGUCUUGUUUUCAAGAUAACGAGCAAGGUUCCAUAUAAAACAGUUUUGAAAGCCCACAGUGCUGUGGUGCUUAAGGCAGAGAGUAUGGCAGAUAAAGUUGAAUGGGUAAACAAGAUAAGCAGUGUUAUUCAACCUUCCAAAGGGGGUCAAAUGAAAGGGGCAUCCACUGAAGGUGGUCUUACCAUGCGGCAAAGUCUUUCUGAUGGUUCCCUGGAUACAAUGGUCCGAAGACCUGCCGACCCAGAAGAAGAACUUCGAUGGAUGUCUCAAGAAGUGCGUGGCUAUGUUGAAGCGGUUUUAAACAGUCUGGCUGCUAAUGUCCCUAAAGCAGUUGUUCUUUGCCAAGUUGAGAAAGCUAAGGAAGACAUGCUAAAUCAGUUGUACAGCUCAAUCAGCGCACAAAGCACAGCAAGGAUCGAAGAGCUCCUUCUAGAGGAUCAGAAUGUAAAGCGUAGGAGGGAGCGCUACCAGAAGCAGUCCUCCCUCCUUUCAAAACUAACUCGCCAACUCAGCAUUCAUGACAAUCGGGCAGCUGCUGCCUCUAGCUGGUCAAAUGGUGUUGGUGGAGCAGAAAGCAGCCCAAAAACCAGUGGUCCAUCCGGUGGUGAUGACUGGAGAUCAGCAUUUGAUGCUGCAGCCAAUGGACCUGUUGACUACAGCUCUGAUUUGUCUCGAUCUGGUUCUAAUGGUCACAGUCGGCAUUACAGUGACCCAGCACAGAAUGGUGAUGUCAGCUCCGGCUCAAACUCCAGCCGCCGUACUCCCAACCGGCGGCCGCCAGCACCACCCCCGUCAGGUUCCUCAGGUUACAAAUUUUUUUAGAAGUCGGACCAAUCAAAUUGACCAUUCAUAUAUUCAACACAUUCCUUGUGGCCAAAGAUCUGCUCUUUGCACUUCAUGAUCCCAGCAUUUGGCCAAAGCUCAGAUUCUAUUGCAGAAUCUACAGAGAGUAAAACAGGGUGCUUGUGUACAUAAAAAGGCUACAGUCCCAUAAUAUCAGUUUUUUUUACGACGUGCCCACAUUGGAUUCAAGGCAUACUUGAAAUCCAUUUAUCAUUAUAUUCCUCUAUUCAAUAUUUUUCUUUUGGAGGUUUUCUUUUCUAUUUUGGGGUUUCACUCAUUUUUGGAAGCUAGAGAUGUAAUUUGCAUGUAUUCCAUUCUCAUUUCUGUAACAUUUGGAUUAUGGCCUCUUUGAAGGCGGGACACACCCAUAUUACCACUUAAAAGUCCCUUGUUUUGGUACUCAGAAACCAAUUACUUAAUGGUUGUUACCCUUUGGGGGUUCAGAUUCUUAGUGUGAUGAUGAUAAUCUCAUUUAUUUUC